AUGGGGAGGGCGCCGUGCUGCGAGAAGGUGGGGCUCAAGCGGGGGAGGUGGACGGCGGAGGAGGACCAGAUACUCGCCAACUACAUUGCAGAGCACGGCGAGGGAUCCUGGAGGUCGCUGCCCAAGAAUGCAGGGCUGCUCCGGUGCGGCAAGAGCUGCCGGCUGCGGUGGAUCAACUACCUUCGGGCGGACGUCAAGAGGGGGAGCAUCUCCAAGGAGGAAGAGGACAUCAUCAUCAUGCUUCACGCCACCCUUGGAAACAGGUGGUCCCUGAUCGCCAGCCACCUCCCCGGCCGAACAGACAACGAGAUCAAGAACUACUGGAACUCGCACCUCAGCCGGCAGAUCCACACGUACCGCCGGAAGUACACCGCCGGGCCGGACACCACCGUCACCAUCGACAUGAGCAAGCUGCAAAGCGCCGACAAGCGGCGCUGCGGCAGGACCCCGGGCCGGUCGCCGAGGAGCAGCGCCAGCAGCAGCAAGAGCAAGAAGAGUAAGCAGCCGGACCCUGAGCCUGAACCGGAGUCCGGCGACGCGAAAGGCGCGUCUAGCCCGGCCACCGCCGCGACGUCGGCGGCGCACAGCGACGGGGCGCGAAGCGCCGUGGUGGACCCGGAUCCGAACCAGCCCAACAGCAGCAGCGGCAGCCCGGCCGAGGGACCCUGCAGCGAGGACGCCACCGGGCCGUGGAUGCUGGACCCGAUAGAGCUCGGGGACCUCUGGGAGGCCGAGAGCUGGAUAGACGCCCUGAUGUCUAUCGGGGCGGGCCACGAUGCGGUUACCCAAGGAUUUCACGCGGCCGGUGGUCAGGCCCAGUUUCAUGUUUUCUAUCGAAUCCUGCCAUGCCUCCCCAUCUACUGCAUGGCAUAUUUCAUUGUCGACCACCGCACCCUUAGUGUUGUGCCAUUCGGCGUCCUCUGCUAUUGUCUUGAAGCAAAGAUCCUCUACAACCUCGAUAUUAGUGGAAAAUGCCUCGAAACCAUAUGA